AUGUCUGGGACGCAGGGUUCAGAGGAUUCUGACCAUUUCAACGACAUUGCUGGCUAUUUUUCAAAGGAAGCGUUUGAAGAACUAAUGGACUGGGAGAAGGUCCGUUAUAAGAACAUAAAACGGAAUUAUGAAGCCAUGGUUGCCAUUGGAUUAGACGUACCAAAGCCCGAAUUUAUGACCAAUCGGAGCAGAAGGCGUCCAAUCCAAGUAUACGAAUCUAGCGAGUCAGAUGAGGAUUGGACACCUAAACUUCUGACAAAAAAUCCACAACUUGUCUCCACCAGAAAGACUUCGGGAUCUGCAAGCGAGGAAAUGACCAAAGAAACAGAAAAAAUAAGUUAUAAUUUACGAAAUAAGGAGAGAAUACUUUACACAGAAGAAGGGGAGCUCCAUGAUGAUGAUUACCUUUUUCUUAAUUUUGCAUUUUCUGUUUCAGUUUGUGAAGCCUGCGAGAAUUUUUUUACUGAAGAAUGCCCUGUGCAUGGCCCACCAGUCUUUAUGAAGGACACUGUCGUUGAUUCCAAUCACCCAGAUAGAGCACGUUUAACUCUUCCAGAGAGUCUCAGCAUUGCCACGUCCAAAAUUCGUAAAGCUGGUCUUGGCGUCUGGAAUGAAGGGAAGGUUAUUCCCAGGGGCGUUCAUUUUGGACCCUAUGAAGGAGAGGUUUCAAAUGAAGAAGAAGCUGUUGUCAGUGGGUAUUCAUGGAUGAUCAGUAAGGCAAACAAUGACACUGAAUACAUUGAUGCACAGGAUGAAUCUAAAUCGAACUGGAUGAGAUUUGUCAACUGUGCCAGAAAUGAGGAGGAACAGAACCUUGUUGCCUUCCAGCACCGGGGCAACAUUUACUACAGGACCUGCAAGCCGGUUCCUCCUCACUGCGAGUUGCUGGUCUGGUACGGUGAUGAAUAUGCCAAGGAGCUGGGAAUCACAUGGACCACAAUGUGGAUGUCAAACCAAGACCCAAAAUGUGAGUGA